AUGGCCAAGGAAACUUUAUUCAUGUCAUGGGAGCUAUGGCAGCAGAUGACCUUUGCGCUUGCCGUAGCGAUAGUAGCCGUCUUCUGCGCCGGUUUGGUCAAGCUGUGGUGGACGAACCGCAUCGUACGAAAACAGGAGAUCUUGGACGAGGAAAAGAAGGCGCGGAUCAAUAACAUGCGCAGCACGGGGCUCCAACCUACCUCUUCCAAGCGCGCAGCAGCCAGCACCAUUCCUUUUGGGGUCCGGGCGAUCCAGAGCGGCGUCCAAGUUGACGGCAUUUGGAUUUCGAGACCGGCGACUCCCACCGAAACAAAACCUACCUCGGCGGUGACGCUGGUGUAUCUGGGCGCGGAGCAGCAGAGGAGGGAGAAGAUAAAGGGGGCGGCAGGUGUCACGGCAACGGCAAGAAGCCCUGUCACCCCCGACGGCUCACUCUUGCAAGGACUGACGGAUUCCGAGUCGUUGGAGAGUGCCUCAUCAGGGGCAAUCCCCCCACCCAUCCCACGAGACCAGAGGCAUGAUUACCCUCGUCGCCACGGCUUGCGGGUUCCCCAUGCUUUGAACGAAGAUACCCUCCGCAGACUCGAAGGCCAAGACGGAGGAGCACAGCCGCCACAAAGACCAGCAGUCCAUGACAUCUAUGUGCCGACCAGAAACUCCCAACGACAACAAGAGGCCCGGGAUGGGCACAUUGGUGGUCCUACCAGGCGAGACCAGCAAAUCACUGAUUCUAAAUCAGGCGACUCCUACGCUGAUUCUGCCCAUCAGCGGUUACCGAGAAGCGACAGUGGAAGAUCCUAUAACUCAUCCAGCGGCGGCGAAGGAGGGGAAAGACUGUAUGAGCCAAGAGGAGCUGAAAGAAGAGAUGUCGCCGUCGGUGAUCCCUUUGGCACUCCCUCCUUGCAGGUGAUAUAUCAGCAGCACAGCAGGAGGAUACGAAGCCCAUGA